AUGAAAAAUAUCAUUUCAUUGGUAAGCAAGAAGAAGGCUGCCUCAAAAAAUGAGGAUAAAAACAUUUCUGAGUCUUCAAGAGAUAUUGUAAACCAACAGGAGGUUUUCAAUACUGAAGAUUUUGAAGAAGGGAAAAAGGAUAGUGCCUUUGAGCUAGACCACUUAGAGUUCACCACCAAUUCAGCCCAGUUAGGAGAUUCUGACGAAGAUAACGAGAAUGUGAUUAAUGAGAUGAACGCUACUGAUGAUGCAAAUGAAGCUAACAGCGAGGAAAAAAGCAUGACUUUGAAGCAGGCGUUGCUAAAAUAUCCAAAAGCAGCCCUGUGGUCCAUAUUAGUGUCUACUACCCUGGUUAUGGAAGGUUAUGAUACCGCACUACUGAGCGCACUGUAUGCCCUGCCAGUUUUUCAGAGAAAAUUCGGUACUUUGAACGGGGAGGGUUCUUACGAAAUUACUUCCCAAUGGCAGAUUGGUUUAAACAUGUGUGUCCUUUGUGGUGAGAUGAUUGGUUUGCAAAUCACGACUUAUAUGGUUGAAUUUAUGGGGAAUCGUUAUACGAUGAUUACAGCACUUGGUUUGUUAACUGCUUAUAUCUUUAUCCUCUACUACUGUAAAAGUUUAGCUAUGAUUGCUGUGGGACAAAUUCUCUCAGCUAUACCAUGGGGUUGUUUCCAAAGUUUGGCUGUUACUUAUGCUUCGGAAGUUUGCCCUUUAGCAUUAAGAUAUUACAUGACCAGUUACUCCAACAUUUGUUGGUUAUUUGGUCAAAUCUUCGCCUCUGGUAUUAUGAAAAACUCACAAGAGAAUUUAGGGAACUCCGACUUGGGCUAUAAAUUGCCAUUUGCUUUACAAUGGAUUUGGCCUGCUCCUUUAAUGAUCGGUAUCUUUUUCGCUCCUGAGUCGCCCUGGUGGUUGGUGAGAAAGGAUAGGGUCGCUGAGGCAAGAAAAUCUUUAAGCAGAAUUUUGAGUGGUAAAGGCGCCGAGAAGGACAUUCAAGUUGAUCUUACUUUAAAGCAGAUUGAAUUGACUAUUGAAAAAGAAAGACUUUUAGCAUCUAAAUCAGGAUCAUUCUUUAAUUGUUUCAAGGGAGUUAAUGGAAGAAGAACGAGACUUGCAUGUUUAACUUGGGUAGCUCAAAAUAGUAGCGGUGCCGUUUUACUUGGUUACUCGACAUAUUUUUUUGAAAGAGCAGGUAUGGCCACCGACAAGGCGUUUACUUUUUCUCUAAUUCAGUACUGUCUUGGGUUAGCGGGUACACUUUGCUCCUGGGUAAUAUCUGGCCGUGUUGGUAGAUGGACAAUACUGACCUAUGGUCUUGCAUUUCAAAUGGUCUGCUUAUUUAUUAUUGGUGGAAUGGGUUUUGGUUCUGGAAGCAGCGCUAGUAAUGGUGCCGGUGGUUUAUUGCUGGCUUUAUCAUUCUUUUACAAUGCUGGUAUCGGUGCAGUUGUUUACUGUAUCGUUGCUGAAAUUCCAUCAGCGGAGUUGAGAACUAAGACUAUAGUGCUGGCCCGUAUUUGCUACAAUCUCAUGGCCGUUAUUAACGCUAUAUUAACGCCCUAUAUGCUAAACGUGAGCGAUUGGAACUGGGGUGCCAAAACUGGUCUAUACUGGGGUGGUUUCACAGCAGUCACUUUAGCUUGGGUCAUCAUCGAUCUGCCUGAGACAACUGGUAGAACCUUCAGUGAAAUUAAUGAACUUUUCAACCAAGGGGUUCCUGCCAGAAAAUUUGCAUCUACUGUGGUUGAUCCAUUCGGAAAGGGAAAAACUCAACAUGAUUCGCUAGCUGAUGAGAGUAUCAGUCAGUCCUCAAGCAUAAAACAGCGAGAAUUAAAUGCAGCUGAUAAAUGUUAA